GAGUAGAUACUCAUGGAAAAAAAUAAAAAAUACAAGACUGUCAAUUAUAGUGGACACUUGUCUUUCAAAAAUUAAGUUUUUAUUGUGGUUUUUAUAAUAAAUUUCAAUAAAAACGAUUGAUUGAAAGGCAGACCAAAACCCACAAGAUAAUAUUAUGUUUAUAAAUUAAUACCAAGUGAAUUACAACAAAAUGGACGUCCAUCAUAAAGUUGCGAAGGAAAAAUCUCUCGCUCCAGAUUUGGCAGUUAACGCUGUUCUAGUUCCAAGCCAGGAACUUCCAGCUGAAACUCCCAUCGUGUCCGGCUAUGACUGGGAGAACGGUACGGAUUACAACAAAAUUUUAGAAAGCUAUACUCGAUCAGGCUUCCAAGCGACAAGUUUCGGGAGAGCCGUGGAAGAAAUCAAUAAAAUGCUCAAAAGUCGUUCCGUUCCGUUGACAGAAGAAAACAGCGACUGCUAUGAAGAAGACAUUUUCAUCAAAAAGAAAACAAAUUGCACUAUUUUCUUAGGUUACACUUCAAACAUGAUUUCCUCUGGGCUCAGAGAUACAAUACGCUUUUUAGUUAAAAACAAACUUGUAGAUUGUGUAGUGACUACCGCAGGAGGUAUAGAGGAGGAUCUGAUUAAAUGUCUCGCACCUACAUAUGUAGGUGAAUUUAAUUUGAGUGGUAAAAUGUUGAGACUGCGUGGAAUUAAUCGCAUUGGUAACUUGUUAGUGCCAAAUGAUAAUUAUUGCUUGUUUGAAGAAUGGGUGACUCCCUUGUUGAAUGAAAUGUUAGACGAACAAAUUAGUGAUGGCACUGUUUGGUCUCCUUCAAAGAUAAUUGCUCGUUUAGGAGAGAAAAUUAAUGAUGAGACUUCUGUUUGUUACUGGGCCUGGAGGAACAACAUACCUAUAUUCAGUCCAGCUUUAACAGAUGGUUCUCUAGGUGAUAUGAUGUAUUUCCAUUCAUUCAAACGUCCAGGACUGAUUAUUGAUAUAUUAGGGGACCUGCGUCGACUAAAUACUAUGGCUGUUAAAGCAAAUAACACUGGUAUGAUCAUAUUGGGAGGUGGUGUUAUAAAGCAUCAUAUUAAUAAUGCAAACUUGAUGAGAAAUGGAGCAGAUUUUGCAGUGUAUGUCAACACUGCAAGUGAGUUUGACGGAAGUGACUCUGGUGCAAGGCCUGAUGAAGCAGUUUCUUGGGGGAAGAUACGUCCAAAUGCGACACCUGUCAAGUUGUACGCAGAUGCAACUUUAGUGUUUCCAUUGUUAGUAGCGCAGACAUUUGCUAAGUAUCACUUCAGCAGCAAAAAAAAUGUGUAAUAAUUAUACUUACUUAAUCUCAACAGAUUUGAUAGUAUUUUAAUAUAAAGCCCCAAAAAACAUCAAAUUGUAUUAUAGUUUAAGACUUGUAAUAUCAUGCAUUGAUUUUUAUUGUAAAAUAAAUAAUUAAUUUUAAUUAAA